AUGAAGGUUCCUGCAGAGUUUACGUCAGAUUCUGAGUCUGAAGAAGAAACUUCUUCUGAUGAGGAAGAGUUCCUACAGUGCAGAGCUACAUCACCAUCAGUUGAAACUACAACUGGCGAAAACAAUUCUAAUGCUGUCUCGGCUCCUAUGAAAAUUAAGAAGCCAACAACUGAAAAAAAGGUUCCCGUGAAAAAAGAAUCGGUUGGUCAACAGGUCAAUCCCCAAGAUCUGCCCGAUUCACUUUCACGAUCUGACAGCACUAAACGCCGUUACUCAUCAUCAGCCUCACGACCAAAUUCCCUAUAUUUUGACAGAUAUUAUUCUAAGUACGCUACACCCACUUAUCGUUCAUACAGGCCUCCAACCAGUAGUGCUGUAUCAGAUUACACGCGGCGUAGUUCAAAAGAAGAAAAAGUUCCUUCAUCGCCUGUCCAGGCAAAAACACCACCAAGUCCCUCAGCAAGAAACUUAUUGAAUGUUGAACAAGAUGCACCUUUUGCACGAGAUAUAUCGCCAAACGACCAAGAUCGGCCAGAAAAUCAAACAUCGGAAGAAAACAGCUUUAAUAAAGAUUUUAGAAAAUCAGUAUUAAAUAUGAAUCUUGAUGACAACCAAAAACAAGCCUGUAUUAGAAACCAAGACCAACGAGAGAAAAAGGACAUUUCUUUUAAUGACAAAAGAGACGACAGAAACAUUUCCCGUUCCAGCUCAAGAAGUAAAUGUCAAACUGGUGUCGGUCGCAGCAACUCAAGAAAUGAUAUCAGGAGGAACGAAUCAAGGAGUAACAUGGAUUCAGUAACAAAAUCUGGUUCCAAAAGUCGAAUCCCCAGAAGGAAAGGUAGCCGAGAGGACUUAUUAGAUGCCAAAGCAAGUGACAGAUCAAGAAGCUCUUCUGCUGAUCUUCUGGAGAGCCAUGUGUCAACUUCCUCAUCGAGUGAUGAUGACUCUGAUGAACGAAAUGGCAGAAGCAAAGCUUCAAAUACAAGUCGACCAAGGCGACGACGAAAGGGUUCCAAGGAUGAUCUUUUGGAAGAAGAUAAAACAUCUGGGUUCAGGGCUUCACGAGAUCUCCCUCCAGUACCAAAUCGAAAAGUAUCCAAUGAAAGUGUGGUGGAAGAUAAAUCAUUUUUUCCAAGACAAAAAUCCUUUGGAGAUAAAUUUUGGCCUCCUCAAAGUGAAUAUCACCCAGAGUACAAACGUCAAUCUUCAGUUAAUUGUAUAAACGAGAAGAAUAAAUAUGGACCAGAAUCUACACUUACAGAUAUAAACAAUAUACCUCACAAAACAGAAGGCCCUGUUGAAUUGGAAAAAGUAUCUUCUAGCGAAACCGAAAGUAGUACAGAAGAAUCAGAAGAUGAAGCAAAGAAGCCCGCACUAGAGGCGCCUGUAAAUAACAUAGUAAUUGAAGAGAGUAAUGCUGAAACUAACGAAGAUUCAUCUGAGGAAGAAGAGUCCAGUUCCUCAGAAGAAAAUGCAUCAAAAAAUCAAUUACAAGUUUCUGGGAAUAAUUCGCCUGCUGUACAAAAAUCGCCUACCGUCAUUCACGUCAAAGGUGUAGGAACACGUGAAGAAAUGCAGAAUUCGCAACCAUCAGUUGAUUCACGAGUUAAUGAAUCGCUUCCAGAAGAAUCCAGCGAAAGUGAGGAAGAAAGUUCAACUGAGGAAGUAGAAACUUCAGAAGAUGAUAAGAAAAAUAAAGAUGAGCAACUUCCUUUUUCUCCGUAUGAUAAUGUGACCGAGAAAUUUACUUUCAAACCAGUUACUGGUGUUAAUAAAGAACCAUCACAAAGAGAUUCUGGAUUUUCGGAAAUUGCACCAUGCAGUGAAUCUCCACACGAAAAUGCUUGGACAGGUUCGCCUCCUGUAACAACCUCAGGAUAUUCACCUAAACUGCUCGAGAAAAAUAUUCAAAAACAAAAAUCCAAAUCUGAAGAGCAAAGUACAUCUGGAGAAUCUGAAGAAGAAACAUCGGAUUCAGAAACAGAAGACCCAGAGAAAACAAUAAGCUCAUCAAAAACCACUAAAAAUUACCCUUCUUCGAAGUUCAUUGGUGACUGCAAAGAUAUUGAUUCUUUGCUUAGUGACGUUAAAGGAGAACCAGAAACAUUUGAAGAAUUUGAAAGUAAACUUGAGAAAGAAAACAUCAUAGAUAUUACUUCCCCAACAUCAGAUGAAGAAGAAGAAGAUAAUUCUAAUUCAAAACAACAGGAUUCCAGAAUGGACGCACGAGAUAAGCUGGUUUUGUUUAUUGGACAAUGUCAGGAUAUUGACGAAAUGCUAGGAUCACCUUCACCGGUAAGUCCUCUUGUGCAACAAGGAACUUCUAGUCAUAGAGACCUAUUCAGUACUGCUUCUCAGGAAAAAAAAACUACACAGUCAGUGAAGCCUAACCAGAUACACGAAACGAGUAAAAAUGAAACUGAAACGGAAGAGGAAAGUGAAGAAUCAUCGGAAGAAGAAAGUGAAAAUAGUCCUUUGGAGGAAGUUGAACCAUCGGCAGUGAGAGUUCACGAAUCCAAAGCUCAACAACCACAGCUGGACUCUUACACAGAAGAAAUUGAUUCAAGUGCUGUUAGAAUCCGUGAAAAUAAGCCAAUGAACACAGAACUUAGAGAAUAUACAGAAGAAAUCGAUUCUGGAGCUGUAAGAAUUCGGCAGCCACAAGUUAUGCAGGGACAGAUAACAAAUCCAAAACAUAAGUUGGAUGACUGCACUCUGCAGGUUUACAAAUAUAACAAUGACGAAGUGGAUUACGCAAACUACUUGGAUUUAGAAUCGACAAUAGACGAACAGUCCGAAGAAUUUGAUGGAUUUUCAGACAAUCGAAAGAACGCUAUCAUUUUGAGAACUCAGCUGUCAGUCCGAGUACACGCCAUAAUAGGUAAGUCAAGAAUCUCUUUGUACUUAUUAGAA